CCCUUCGCCGAACCGGGGCUCGUGGGGUUGUGCGUGGUGCUGCGCCCGGGGGGAGACGCCGCGGUCGGAGCCCGGAGCCCGCACUGGUGCGGCCUAAGGUGAAGAUGCUGGAGCAGGACCCAGGAAGUCUUCAGGCAGGAGUUGAGGGAGCAGGAAAAGUCCCUCACAUUGUCCAGUCUGGGACUGGUGGAGCCUCCCUGAGAUGGUUGGCACUACAGCCAGUAAAGCAGCAGCUGCAGGAAGAGCCGGUCCAAUGCCAGAAGGUCCAGGGAAAGGAGGUGAAGCAGGCCAUGCAGCCCCCAUCUGAGGCUGAGCUGCCUUCAGAGACCACGCAGCCAGGCCCAGGGGAUGACUUCCCCACUCCAGAGACUUGGUGCCAGCGCUUCAGGAGCUUCCCCUACCAGGAAGCUGAGGGGGCACAGGAAAUCUGCCAGCACUGCCUCGAGCCACAGCAUCAUAGCAAGGAGCAGAUCCUGGUGGUGCUGGAGCAAAUCCUGGCCAUCCUGCCCCAGGAGAUGCAGAGCUUGGAAUGGGAAAGUGGUGUAGAGACCUGCGCUGAAGAGUUUCAGCUGGAGCAGGCAGAGGACAACAAGCUCCAGGUCACAGUGAAUAUGAAGGUCGCGGAGGUGUCCUCAGACGAAAUGCAGCCCACUGGGGCAUUGCAGGGACCUGUAGAUUCCUGGCUGGAACAGCCAAGGGCCCAUCCUGUGGACAGACCUCUGGAGGAAGAAAGAGAAAGGGAAACCCCAGGACAUCAGGACAAGCCAUGUUAUGUCCCCAAAGAUGAGGCCCUGCCCCACCAGGAGUCAGGUGCAGGGACCCUGAGCAGAACUGAUCAGCACCCUCCUGAGGAGGGGCCCAUAAACCUGGAACUGCAGCAGACUUUGCCAGGGAGAUGGGGAGAGAGGGGCUCCCUGCCACCUGAGUCAAGCCAGCUACAGAAGGGGCAGUGCCAGCCUCCAAAGCAGAGGAAGAGCCUGGAGCUGCAGAAGGUGUUUGAGGACGUGGCUGUGUAUUUCACGCGGAAGGAGUGGGAGCUGCUGGAAGAUGAAGACAAGGGGCUUUACCGGGACCAGAUGCUGAGGAAUUACCAAGCCCUUGUUUCCCUGGGAUAUCGAGGUCCCACACCUGACUUAAUCUACCGCAUCCGGCGAGGACAGGUGGAGCUCUGGGUCUAUGAUGAUGAGGACCAUGAAGAUAUCUCAGGGUUGGAGUACAUGCUGCCAGGAGGUGCCUGCCUGCUGAGCAGAGUUCAGGAGCAGCCUUCUGAGGAAGGGCCUGCAAGCCUGGUGCCACAGUGGAUUUCCCCAGGGAGUUUGGGUGAGAUGGACUCCCUGAGACCUGAGACGAACCAAUGGUGCAAGAGUCAGAGGAGGCCCCAAAAGCAGAAGGCGAACGUAGCGGUGAACCAGGUACUAGCUCCAAUUUGGCAUGAGAGUGGAGAAAGGACAGAACCCAGAAAGAACCCUGGGUGGAGGGAAGAAUUUGUGGAGCUGAGAGACCUGAAGAGCCACAAGGCAAAGUUCCACUGCAGAGAGACCCUGCAUCCAAACCAAACCAGUGGAGUCAGCUUCAGAGGGAAGCAGGAGCUCACUGCCGAGCACAGGAAGAGAGCCCACCCCUGCCCUGGGUGCAGGAAAACCUCUAACUGCCCCUCACUCCUGGCUCUGCACAAGAUAGGGCACGUUGGGGAGAAGCCCCACAUAUGUGCCAUGUGCGGGAAGAGCUUCACCUGCCUCUUGACCCUGGCUGCUCACUGCAAGAGCCAUUCAGGAGAGCUCCCGUACCACUGCACCAAAUGUGAGCAGAGCUUUGUGUGCAGCUUGGACCUGGCCAAGCACCAACAUGUGCACAGGGAGAAGCAUCAGUACCGUUGUGUUACGUGUAGUAAGACCUUCACCCAUUUCUCCUCCCUGGCUCAGCACCGGCGCAUCCACUUGGGGAGGAAGACACACCACUGCACCAAGUGCAGGAAGAACUUAAUUUGCUGGCAGGAUCUAUCCCAACAUCGGUGUGUGAAGAAGGCAGACAAGCCACACCACUACACCAAGUGUGGGAAGAGCUUCAGGCAGCCCUCUAAUAUGGCCAGGCACACGCUCAUGCAAACAGGAGAAAACAACCAGCUUAUCUACACAGGGGAAAAGCCACAUCAGUGCUCUGUGUGUGGGAAGCGCUUCACCCAGCCCUCCCACCUGGCCAAACACCAGUGCAUCCACACAGGGGAGAAGCCACACCAGUUCCCUGAGCAUGGGAAGAGCUUCAGCUGCUCCUCAAACCUGGCCCACUACCAGCGUAUCCACACAGGAGAAAAGCCAUAUCUUUGCUCUGAUUGUGGGAAGAGCUUUACCCACCCUUCCCACCUGGCCAAGCACCAGCUUAUCCACACAGGAGAGAAACCACAUCAGUGCUCUGUGUGUGGAAAGAGCUUCACUCAGUCCCCACACCUGACCCAGCAUCAGCGCAUCCACACAGGGGAGAAGCCACAUCAGUGCCCUGUGUGUGGGAAGAGCUUUGGUCAGUCCUCCACCCUGGCCCAGCACCAACGUAUCCACACAGGGGAGAAGCCACAUCUUUGCUCUGUGUGUGGGAAGAGCUUCAGCCGCUCCUCCACCCUGGCCCGGCACCAACUUAUCCACACAGGGGAGAAGCCCCAUCAGUGCUCUGCAUGUGGGAAGAGCUUCACCCAGUCUUCCCACUUGGCCCAACACCAGCGCAUCCACACAGGGGAGAAGCCACAUCAGUGUUCUGUGUGUGGAAAGGGCUUCAUCCACUCCUCUAGGCUGGCCGAGCACCGACACAUCCACACUGGUGAGAAGCCACAUCAGUGCUCUGUGUGUGGGAAGUGCUUCACCCAAUCCUCCAGCCUAGCCAAACACCAGCACCUCCACACAGGGGAGAAGCCACACCAGUGCCCUGAGUGUGGAAAGAGCUUCAGCUGCUCCUCCACCCUUGCCCAGCACCAGCUUAUCCACACAGGGGAGAAGCCACAUCAGUGUUUUGUGUGUGGGAAGAGCUUCACCCGCUCCUCCACCCUGGUCCGGCACCAGCGUAUCCACACAGGGGAAAAGCCACAUCAGUGCUUUGUGUGUGGGAAGAGCUUCACUCAGUCCUCCAUCCUGGUCCAGCACCAGCGCAUCCACACAGGGGAGAAGCCACACCAGUGCUCUGAAUGUGGGAAGAGCUUUACCCAUUCCUCCAGCCUGGCCCAGCACCACCGCAUCCAUACAGGGGAGAAACCACAUCAGUGCUCUGUGUGUGGGAAGAGCUUCACCCAGUCCUCCAACCUGGCCAAACACCAGCGCAUCCACACAGGGGAGAAGCCACACCAGUGCUCUGUGUGUGGGAAGAACUUCAGCUGCUCCUCCUCCCUUGCCCAGCAUCAGUGUAUCCACACAGGGAAAAAGCCACAUCAGUGCUCUGAGUGUCAGAAGAGCUUUACCCACUCCUCCAGCCUGGCCUAUCAUCAGCUCAUGCACACACGGAAGACGCCACAUCAGUGCUCGUAGUGUGGGAAGAGCUUCACUCAAUAUUCCCACCUGGCCCAGCAACAGUGUAUUUACACCCGGAAGCAUUCAUACAUAAUUCUGCCAACAAUACCAGAAGGGCUUGUGGGGUGGGGGGGAACUACAGAAAAAGUUUACCCAGCCCUUGGCCCUUGCAGGGCACUACAGGACCCAGAGGCUGGGCCACAAGGCUUGAUUGUGGGAGGGAAGGGGCUCAGGCAAAAUGCCUGACAGGGGCCAGCCUAAAUGCUGGGAGAGCCUCUGAGGAGAUGCUCUUUGUAUCAGCCUUGGAGUCUAUGCAUCCCCCAUCAUUCUCUAAAACCGGUCAGUAUUCCCAGGGGAAGAAGUGCCUUCACAAUACAGUGCCUUCCCCAAGACAGCUGCCUCCAAAUGACACCCAGGGACUUUUGCCGCCUCUCAGCUUUGUCCUCCCUCCUGGUCCCAGGGUUCCGGUGUGUGAGGCUCUGAUCCCGUGAUUUUUGGAUGCAUACCAAGAGCUUCGAGAUGACUCUACCCUUCUUUUUUUUCAGUUUUGGAGCAGAGACAAAUUUCUGGGAGCAGGUGGCAAUAGUAAAAAUGUUUACAGAUCUUGUUAUGGAGCCGGAUGUGAGAACAUUACUGGAGUGCUACUGUGAAAAAUUGUGUUACAUAGAGAAGGUGAAAGAUGUGGACUGUUUGCACUGGGCCAUAGUAUGCCCAUUUGUUAGUGUGGACAGACCUCUCCAAGGAUUAUGGGGGUGUGAGGUAUCUCCCUCCAGAAUAGCCUUAGGGUUCCAUAGGGAGAGCCCAAACUUUGUCACAAAUGUGGGGAGCAUGAGUAUCUUACCAUAGCUUCACACAGAUCCUGUGCUCCUUGUGUAAAGGGAGGGGAUGUGAGAAAACACUGUUGCUAAGCGUGGGUAUGUAAUGUAUGUGGAGAGAGGGGCCACAGGUUCCAGUCUUGCCCCAAAAUCUUUGUGACCAUCUUGAGAAGGAGGAGACCAGCUGGCACAAGGGACACAGAGGAGAGGGAAGAGGCAGGCAGAGAGGAGAGCAAAGAACCACAGGAAAAACAGGAAGAAAAGAGGAGGAGCUGUGGCAGAUGGAGGAGACAGUGCAACAGAGUCAGAAAGAGAUUUUUGAGUUGGGUUCUUGGGGUUGUUAGAAGAAGAAGAUGAACAAGGGCAGACUAGCACUUCCAAAAGUGGAGGGAGAGGUGGGGCAUCUUGGAAGAAGAAAGAAGGGGAUGGAGUGGCUCGCUGAAAGUGCAAAAAGAAAAACAGGAUUAGCAAACAUGGGAAGGGUGGUGGAGAAGAAAAAUAAAGGAAGGCAGGGAACAAGAGAUGGGGCAGGAGGAGGGAGAGCCUUCCUCUGUAGAGGCCCCUGCCAACCAGAAAGUUCAGGCCACAGGUGCAAGACGGUAACAAGAUGGAACACUCCCUCUGCAACAACUGUCACCAAAACUCCCCAUGGGGCUGCAGGCAGCCGGGGUGCAGGGGGCCAAGCCCUGCCUGCUUGUGCUGGGGCCGCCCAUGCUGCGUUCCCACCAGUGCCCAUGGCCCAGGUGGGUGCUUCUUUGCUCCCUGCACCUCCAGCAGUAGCUCCUGCUCCUUGUCUUGCCCACCCUGCACCACGCUGCUCCAGGCGGACAAACGGCUUCAGCCAGGCAGCUCCUGCUCCAUCACAUAGGACUCCAGCUCCAGCUUCCAGGAAGAUGGCUGGGGCUCUGGCUUCAGCUCCUAUGCAGUGGGGCAGGAGCUGCCCAGCUGAAGCUGCCUGUCUGCUUGCCCAGAGAGGUGCAGCAUGGCACGGCAGGGGCAAAAUCAGGGGCAGGAGCCUCUGCUGGAGGUGGGGCAGUAGAGUAGCACCCAGCUGGCUGCAGCUGCACCAGGAACAGCCCCGCAGGAAGCUGCACUCACUGGCUGGGGCCAGGCCACACGAGACCAAUAGGAGACAGGAGUGGGCUAUGCUAACAUAAGCUGAUGUGCUUGGCCCCAUUUAGCUGGACCCAGUUACCUGCUGGGCUGAAUCUGGCCUGCAGUGGGGUGGUAUGCCAGGGGCGAGGAUUAUGAUUACUUUGAGGAGAGGUGGACCUGGGGACCUUCACAAUGGUCUGGCACUAAUGAAAAGAGAGCAUCUGGCAUGGUUCUGGUACAGAACCCAUCUAUUAGCAACCGACAAGUGGCAGAGGUGGUAAGCAGGAGGAUUUUACAGUGAUACUGCCUUUAGUAACAUGUAUGUGACCUCUUAGAAAGGCAAGCCUGCUGUGGGUAUUGAGGAAGCUUGCAGUGAGCUUCCCAGGAUCCAAACCCAGUGUACAGCUGGGAAAUUUCAACUGUUUUAUACUGGCAGGAGAUCAGAAAGCGAGGAGAGGGGGAGGGAAUGGACAAAACCUCCAGACUGUUGAAACAAAUUGUGGAGAAAAACACUUGGCAGGAUGUGGAGAGGAGAGGCCCAGAGGAGGAAGUGAUGGUUGUGAGGGUCGACUGAGCAUAACUUUUCACUCAAGAAUUGAUUUUUACCUUCUGGUUUCAGCAUUCAGAGGUGAAGGAAGUGGAGGUGGUUGAUGUUGACGUUGAGGGUGGUGCUAGAUUUCUUUUUGGACUUUUUAUAUUGAGGACAAUGUUGAAAGAAGGAAAAUGUUUUGUUUUUUGAUACUUAUUGUUAUUUUAAUGAUAAUGAUAUUUCCCUGCCUCUGCACCCCAAUUCCAGAUAGGACCACCAAUUGCUGUCCUGUCUUAGACAUGCUGUCCUGCCUCUGCCCUGCAUUUUGGAUUGUUGAAACACAGCUCUCUCGUGUAUCUGACCUGGCUUGCGACCUGGCCCUGCUCUGUGUAGUGUUUUGGCCCUGAGUCAGACUCUGACUCUCUAGCUUUGACCCUGGCUACCCCUUGUACCUCAGCUAAUGGCUCAUGUGAACUACCAGCCAGACAGCCAAUGCCUCGGUAUGUGACAGCACAGCACCUGGUUCAAGGAGACAGAGCCGUCCCUAGGGGUGUGUGGGGCCCAGGCCGUAUCAGCCUGUGUGGGGCUGGGGAGGUGGGAAACGGCGUGGCGGGGACCAAGCGUACGGUGGCUACAGCGGGACCUGUACGGCACUGUGUGGGGACCCCCCAAAGCUUGGGGCCUGGGGCAGUCACCCCAAUUUGCCCCUCCCUCCCCCAGGGAUGGCCCUGCAAGGAGAGACCUGGUCUUGGGCAGGAGUUGCUCAGCACUGUGUCCCUGUGCCAUGCACUGAGCAUACCAAUUCUCAGCUCCUCCCCCACUUGUCAGCAAUGUGUCUGGGCCAUGUUCUUAGCUCCAUAUAUGUGUUUCAGUGCUGGGGGGGCAAUUCCAGCCCCCACAUAGGUCCAUUCUCAACCCUGUCCCUCAUUGCAGCUCUGGGGACAGAAAUAACAGAGAAUAUAGAAACCUGAGGAGAUGGGGUGUCGGGGGGGGGGGGGGUGGAGGGGGAAAGCCUUGAGGGGAUGGGUUAGGUUCCCUAGAAAUUCCCUGAGAGCUUCAGCAGUCAGCGGGAAUGGAUGAGCUUGAGGGAGAGUGAGUUGCAUUGUGGGGAACAAGGGAGCCUUGGAAGGAGCCAGGGAGAAUGGAAGAGCCCUGAGGGGUGAGGAAUUUAAAAGGGCCAAGAGAACUGAGGAGACAGGAUGUUGGGCAUGAGCAGGGAGGCUAUGAAAGGAUGGAAAGACAAAUUGAGAGGUGAUAAAGCAGCCUUGAGACAUUGGCAGGGGUGGGGGGAACUGAGUGAAUGGGGAGUUAGUGUGGAAUGGGAGAGCCUGAAGGGAUGGGGUCAGGGGGUUCCUGAAGGGGUGCAAGUCAAGUUAGGGAAACAAGGAGCCUUGAUGGGUGACAAGGGGAGAAGGUGGAGACCGGGGGGGGGGCGCUUUAUGGCAAAGAAGAACUGGAGGAGCCCUUCAGAGACAGGGAACUAGAAAGCAAGGUAGAACCUGAGUGGGAGUCAGUGGGGGAACUGGCAUGCCUGAGGGACUGGGGAGAGGGCAGAGGCCUGGGAAAACAGCGUCCAACUGUGGGGGCCUGACCUAUUGGCAAUUGGAGGAGGAGGGGGGGUGUUGAGAAAGGUGAACAGUAUGUGUGGGACAUGCAUGUUCCAAAUUUCUGUGCUCUCCAUGCCCUCCUUCAGGCUCUUUGCCUUCUCACCCUGAUCCAUCCCACUCCAAAAGGGGCUCAGGGACCAGCUCAGAUUCUCUGGCCAUUCACUGCCCCUGUGUGUGGCAGGAGGUCUCCUUCAUUCCCAAGUCUCAAGAUCACUUCAGCCUACCAAGGGAGACUCCUACACAGGUGGCCAGUGUGAAUUUGGAGUGAGUCAGGCCCUGGGUUCAAAACCUAAUUGCUGUUUUCUGACAAAGGUCAAGUGCUUUAAUGCCCAAAGUAGAUUAGUCUGAACCACUGGGGUUCAUAGGCGGAAAUCCCUGGAAGAGCUAGGUGUCGGAAGUUGGAGCUCAAAUUAGCUGAGCACACAGGGACCUGGAUUCAAAACCUCUGAGCACCUUCCACCCCACUCCCACCUGCCUGUGGAAACAUCCCUCAGAGCUGGAUUCAGGGAGGUGGUCAAAUAACUUGGUUUUGUCUACACAAAGACCUAAGGGAGCUUUAAUCCACAUUUAUUUUUAUGGCAGAGUAACAUGUUCCUUUGAAUACUGACUACUUUUGAAUAGGAGGUAGACCCAUGUUUCCCGACUCGCAGUGUAAGGAGAUAAAGCAUCCAUCAAAGUUGCAUUAACAAGGAUGAAGUCUUCACGGUCUAUGUUUUUACUGGGUUUUGUUUUACCCCACGUUUAAGAUCCAGGGCACUUUGGAAGAACUGUUUGUCUUUUCAGAGUUGUAUUUGAAAGAUUUAUUAUAUUUGUUCCUGCCCACCUCUCCUGUGUGAAAUUCUUAUUUAGAAUAAGUGACUUAAAUUAAAUUUUGGGAGUGAGUUCAGCUCGUGUGAAGAGAGACCAGUUUCACUGGGAUGGCAAUGACCCAUAGAAGGGGAUUCAUGUAACUUAAGAGCCACUCCACUGUUACUUCGAUCAGACUCAUUGUUCUAGUUAGCCUGGGAAAGGCAAGCCCUGGCUGCUGUUUGUACCACCCCUCCCUGUCCCCAGGGCAGCACUGGAGAGGGGACACAACAGUGCAGAGGCAUUCCUGCCCCCAACCCCCGAGUGUCUUGGCCCUGUUGGCAGUGCAGGAGUGGGAUUCCUGGGGGCUCCUGUCCAGCUUCACCCCCUGCUUCGGACCCAAUAGCAGCAGUCACAGAAUGGGGGGAAAGUGAAAGAGGUGAGGUCAAUCAGUGCUGGGACUGAGGUGUCUAGUAGUACAUGUGCACUGGCAGAAGUGAGUGGGGGGCCACUGCACCAGGCUGCAGCAGCAGAGGGUGCAGCUCCUAGAGACACACGGACUGGUGCACAGCUGUCCCAGAGACCCCUCCAGCCCCCAGGGCACCAGGCCACUGGUAGGGAGAUGCUGGCCCCACCCCUGCUAGGGAAGGAGCUCAGCAAGGGAGACCUUCCCUCUCCCUGACAGCUCCUGUGCUGUUCCGGUGUGCAGAAGCCAGGGGAGCAUGUUCAGACGGGUAGCUGGGGCUGCACCCUGGGGCCUUCCACUGAGAGAGGAAUCCAGGGCUGCCCCCAGCCCAGGAAGUAAGCAGGACAGGCAUGAACCAGAGACACCAGCCCUGGGUGCUGGAGAUGCAGAGGUCAGAGACAGCAGCCAACAAACCAUAGCCCUUGCACCAGAGACAGCUGCAGGACUCUACCCCCCUGGGACAGGAACAGGACACAGACCUCUGAGCUGGCCCUGGCCAGGACCAGAGACAGCAGUGGGGAACAAAGCCUUGGCCAGAGGAGCACAGGGAGGCUACUCAAAGGCCUGGUGUUGCUGCCCCUGGCCCUGGGGAAGUGAAUGCCCCAUAAGUUGCCAUUGCUGGUGAGGUGAACAUUAGGGCUGUGUGAAACAGCAGCGUUCCAUUUCGACGUUUUGGUGGAAUAGUGUUUGGUUUUGAAGUUUGUUUCGAUUCGAAACAGCUGUUCCGUUCCAUCAAAACAGGGUCGAAAUGGCGAAACUUUCAGUGUUUUGCCCAUAGGAUAUAAUGGGGAGGGACAAAACAGCCAGUAACUUAUUUCUAGCCUGAUUUGGAUGAAACACAGGAAUCGUAGCCCCUUCUGAGGGCAGGACACCUGCCAAGUUUCAAGGAGGUAAGUGUGGGGGGCUCGAGGAAACUACCUCCCAAAAUCUUGAAAGCAAAACUUGUGUAUGUGUUUAAGAUACAGAGGGGUCAAAACUGCGGGCAUGCUAGUCCCUGCUGAGGCCACAAAGCAUGCCAAGUUUCAAGGAGAUAGGUGCAGGGGUUUGGGGGAAACCACCUCAAGCUGCAGACAAGCAAAAUUUGUGACAUAGGUGACACCGUGUGUGUUAAGGCGCAGCAGGGUGAAAGCUGCAGGCCUGCUAGCCCCCACUGAGGCCACAAAACCUGCCAGCUGUCAAGGAGAUUGGUGCAGGGGUUCUGCGUUCUGGGGCCCUGCACCUCUAGCUGCUGACAGGCAAAACUUGUGUCAUGGGUGCUUGUGCAACUGUGUCUGUCCUGGGGCAGGAGGGGGAACCUACUGCAGGCCUGGCUGCUAGGCCCUGCUGUGACCACAAAGCCUGCCAGCUGUUAAGAAGACGGGUGCAGGGGGGUUCUGGGGCCCUGCACCCCUAGCUGCUGACAGGCGAAACUCAUGACAUGGGUGCUUGUGCAACUCUGCUGUCUCUCAUCAGGCAGCAGGACUGAAGAUCCCACAUCACUUGCCACCACAGACCUGGGGGUAAUAAUGAUGAGCUGGCAGUGCGAUGCUGUAGCCAGCAGGGCUAACAAUACCCUGGCAUGCAUCAAUUGAUGCCUCUCCAGCAAAACCAUUGCAAAGAAGUGAUUCUCCUGCUCCACUCGGCCUUGGUUAUGUAGCAGAAAGCCCCCUUUUCCUCUUGCCUGCGUUUGCUCUCCUCUCUUUGGAUAUGUUUCUCUUUUUCUACCUUUUCUUCCUUCCUCUCUCUUUCACUUUAAGAUAAGGAAUUGUGUUUUAAAAUUUGUGUGUGUGCAUUUUGUAUCUCCCCUUGUAUUUUGGUAUUUUUAUCUAUUUGUGUGCCAUGGCAUUUGUAGCUUAUAUUUUAUACUCCUCACCUUUCAACUAAAUGUGUUUUAGUAAGUUAUACAUUGUAACAAUGUUAACAAGGGUAGGAAUCAAACUGUCCUUCCUUGUAUCAGGCUGGCCCCUGAAAGAGCGGUGAAUCAACGAUUGAAUGUCUAACAUAGUAGCAGACAGCAAUUAUCACCGGGAAGCUGCAGAUCAGCCAAGGGAAGAACUCGAUAGAAGACAAUGUAACAACCAGGAAAUCUCUCAACGUCACUGAUCAAGGGCUAGAAGCCCUGGCCUGAGUUAAUCAACGCCAGAGACCAACUUUUGGGCUGAAUAUCUCCAGAUCGACCACUCCCAGAGCCCUAUUCAAAAAUUCAUCAACAGACUCCCAAACGUGCACGUACAUGCAGAUGACCCCUGGGGCUGACAGAUGCCGUCCAGUAGCCACUGGGGGGCGGGGGGGGGGAAGUCCCAUGAGGGUCAAGGACCCCUGGAUUGGGCAAAUCUGAAAACUGGGGAGUCACCAAAGUCUGUCAGGGAUAGAUAAAAGGCAGUGAAAAGUGACCCUCAGUGGCGCCCUCUUGAUCUCCAACUCGACCAGACCUGUCCAGCCAGAAGGACCAGCCAGCGACCCCCUUCUGGAGGAUAACACCACGCUGAAAGAAGCCUCAACGACAGACUCCAGCGCUUGUAGGAUAGGUAUACCUGACUCUGUAGCCUGCUACUGUGGGGGGGGAGACCAGCCCCAAGGUUUAUGAUUACAGUGUUUCAAUCCGCCUAAUAAACUAGACUUCUAAGGAUCCCGAGUUGGACAUUUGUAGCCAACAGUUAGACCCCUGCUGGAGUACUGUGUCCAGUUCCGGGCUCCGCACUUUAACAAGGACGUGGUAGAGCUUGAGAGAGUUCAGAGAAGGGCUAUCCAUAUGACCAGACUUGCACAGCAAGCCAUAUGAGAAAAGGCUGAGGGACCUGGGCUCUUUAGCCUGAAAAAGAGAAGGCUGAGAGGAGACUUGGUAGCAUCUUAUGGUUACAUCGGAAGCAUACAUCUAGGGCUCGGUGAACAACUGUUCAUCAGGGCACCCUUGGGGAAAACUAGGAGUAAUGGUAACAGUCUGGACGCCCUAGUUGUGAAGUAGUUUUUCCUAGCAUUGAGCCUGAAAUGAUCUUCCAGGAGUUUGUGACCAUUACUCCUAGUUUGGCACCCAUGACAUGAGUUUUGCCUGUCAGCAGCCAGAGAUGCAGGAACCCAGAACCCUGCACCUAUCUCCUUGAGAGCUGGCAGGCUCUAUGGCCUCAGUGGGGACUAGCAGGCCUGCAGCUUUCACCCAGCUGUGCCUUAACACACACGGUGUUGCCCAUGUCACGAGUUUUGCUUGUCCACAGCUUGAGAUACAGUUUCCCCCAAACCCCCUGCACUUAUCUCCUGGCAGGAUUCGUUGCCUCAGCAGGGGCUAGCAUGCCUGCAUUUUUAAUCCCGCUGUGGCUUAACACAUACAUGUACACAAGUUUUGUUUUCAAGAUUUUGGGGUGCAGUUUCCCCAACCCCCCUGCACCUAUCUCCUUGAAACUUGGCAGGCCUUAUGGCCUCCAUAGGGGCUAGCAUGCCUGCAUUUUUAACCCCGCUGUGGCUUAACACAUACAUGUACACAAGUUUUGCUUUCAAGAUUUUGGGGUGCAGUUUCCCCAACCCCUCUGCACCUAUCUCCUUGAAACUUGGCAGGCCUUAUGGCCUCCAUAGGGGCUAGCAUGCCUGCAGUUUUGACCUUGCUGUGGCUUAACACAUAUACGUGACACAAGUUUUUCUUUCAAGAUUUUGGGGUGCAUUUUCUCUGAACCCCCUGCACAUAUCUCAUUGACACAAGGCAGGCGCUAUGCCCUCAGAAGGGGCUACCAUUCCUGCAAGUUUCAUCCAAAUCAGGCCAGUAAUGACAAAGUUAUAGGCUGUUUUGUCUUUCCCCAUUAUAGCCUAUGGGCAAAACAGCGUCAAACAGCAAAACGUUCAACUUGCCUCAUUUUGUUUCGAGGCUGUUUCAACCAUAUCUGUUACGUUUCAGUUUUGCUGGUUCGACCUUGAAACGAGUCAAAACAGCAUUGAAACAAAACUGGUGGCGAAAUUUCACACAGCCCUAGUGAACAUGUCUGGUGCCUCUGGCAUCACUGUUUGGGGCUAGGGGCGUUCUACGGGGAGCCCCCUCUUGCCAGCUCCCCAGGAUGGAGAAAGCAGGAGGGGGCUGCAGGGCUCAAGGAGACUCUGGGCAGCAGGAAUAAUGCAGGAACUAGGGGAAGCCCACCCCUUUUCCACCACAUUUACGGACUUGUCUCUUCCUGGAAGUAUGUCCCUGCUGCUUUCUGCUCUUUGCUCUCCCUCACAAACUCCUUUCUGACCCACUCUGUUCUCUGGGAAAUAUUUUCUAUGGGUUUCCUUGCUCCUGGCUUGGCCAGUGUGAGGUGUCAUGUGGACUAUUCAGUCCAGCCUCAGCCACAAGCUCAAAUUUGUCAGUGCCCAUAGAUGAAUCCAGGCAGGAUUCAAUCCUAGAGUGCAGGGGACAGGACACCUCAGGGAUGGGAAGAGCCAAGGGUGUAUUCUCACUGAACUGCUCUGCCCAAGACUGCAGACUGCAGCUGGACAGAAAAUGCCAAUGACCUGUAUCCAGUGUACAGAAUUUUGAAAAAGUCCUCUUAAUUUUCUGAAUCUCUAAGAAUGGUGUGAAAGUGAUAGUAAAAGGGAAACUCCAGUUGGGAAAAAAGGUUUAUUUUCCCCCACAAAAAAGCCUCUUUGGUUUAAAACAAAAAAAUUCUGGCAACAGUAACACAAAAUGUUUCAGUGAAAGACUACAUUGCAAAAAAAAAAAAAAUAAAAAAAAAAAAUUCCCCCCCCCCCCAUGACUAUAUUACACUAAAUCAUUUCUUUUGGUUGUAAAGCAAAAAUGUCUACUCAAAUGCACCAUCUACCUACCUACCUACCUACCUACCUACCUACCUACCAUCUGACACCUUCAGGGAAGGAAUUCCACCUGAUCAGCACAUCAAAGAGCUACUCAACACAGCUCACGAAGACAAAGACACUCUCAUGGACCCAGAGGGACAGACUUCCAUCUUCAGCUCCUUCUGUGCAAAAAUGAAGUUUAUUUCUGACCUAUGGGGACUUUUUACCUUCUUGUACCAUCUACACCUUUCCCAGAGCCUGACGAAGAGACUUUGAUUCCCAAAGGCUUGCAGAAAAGGAUACUUUUCUUGCCAUUUUCCAGUUGGUCUAAUAAAAGGUAUCAUUUUGGAACCAA